AUGGCGGAGGGGCCGGCGGAGGGGGCGCGGGGGGCGGCCGUGCCCGGCGUGGCCGAGCGCUACUUCACCCGCUGGUACCAGCCCGACGUGAAAGGUCAUGGGAGCGAGGACCACUGCGUGUUGCAGCACUCCAACCGAAUUUGUGUCAUUGCUCUAGCAGAUGCCCAUCCUCUUUUACAGAAGGGAAAAGCGAUUGAGAGAAUUAGCUACCAGAUCAGUGCAAACUGUAGUCGGCUACAAAAUAAAGUCUCUGGAAAGUCAAAACGGGGUGCUCAGUUUCUAACAGAACUUGCCCCUCUGUGUCGCAUUUUUUGCUCCGAUGGGGAAGAAUAUACCAUAUACAGCUGCAUAAGAGGAAGAUUGAUUGAAGUGAAUGAAAACAUUCUCAACAACCCAUCCCUCCUGCAGCAAAAGCCUUUCACAGACGGAUACAUCGCAGUUGUACUGCCAAAGUUUGAAGAAAGCAAAAGUAUUACUCGGGGGCUUCUGACACGGAAAGAGUACGAAGAGGUCUUGUCAAAACGUUUUAAUUCCACUUUGUGA